UAUAGUCUUAUCUAAGCAUGCGCUUCACUCCCGAACAAGCUGCAUAGUUAACUUUUUUUUAGGGCACUUUUAAAACUAUCAAAGACCAUUACCCUUUAGGAAUUAUUAAUCAGACUACAAUUUAUCCACUUAUCUUAUUAUCCCAAAAAAAUAAAGUUAUAAUGUCCCAGGAAAAAAUUUCCGACUACUUAAUAUAUCGUGAGAUAGUAAAAAAGUUGCUAAUAGUCGUAGGUCUUUGGCCCUAUGACAAUCCUAGUAUAUUUUACAAUUUUUUACCGUACAUACAGAUAUUUGUCAACGUUUUUUUGUGUUUCGGUAUGCUCGGUUUUGUACAAAAAAAUUUUAAAAAUAUUGGACUCGUUACUAAAGGUAUGAGUAUCAUGACAAGUCUUAUGUCAACAAUCAUAAAGGUGGUAUGUUUCAUAAAAAAUCGAUCAGAUGCAAUGGAAUUACAUAAAAACCUCGAUCCCCAUUUCACUGAAAUUUUACAAGAUUUAAAACUAUCGAAAUUCGUGUUAAAAAGAUUUUCAGUUGUUAAACAUUUAUCAUGUACAUUUACUAUUAUCGUCACAAUAUCAUGUGCGUUGAGACUUAUCAUUCCAAUAUCUAUAAUGAUUAAACAAAUUAAACUUAAUAUUCACCCGGUCCGAUAUCCGCUUUUAUUUCCUAGUGUAUUUCCGUGGAAAGUAACACCCGAAAGUUAUAUUUAUGAAUUUGAAUUCGCGAUUGAAUCGUUUGCAGUUGUGACACUAUGUUUUAUAACUCUAAGUGUUGAUUGCCUUUUUACAUUUUAUGUUUACCAAAUGAUCGGCCAAUUAAGAGAAAUUUCAUAUUGUUUUAAAAAUUUAACUGAAAAAAGUGAUAGUCAAAGUAUACUACGCAAAUGCAUUAGUCAAUAUCAGAUAUUAUUGAAGAGUCGUGAUAUAUUACAACGUGUUUAUGGGCCGAUUGUACUCUGGAUUAUGGUUACCAAUGCAGUUAUAAUGUGUACUAUUGCUUUUCAAGUAACUCAGAUGGAUAGUGUAACACUUGGUCGUGGACUAUUAAUUUUCACAUGGAUAUCUCUUAAAAUACUUCAAACAUUUAUGUACGCUUGGAGUGGAUCUUGUCUCACUUUAGAAGCUGAAGAAUGCCGAGAUUCUGUUUAUGCUUGUGAAUGGUAUGGAAACAAACGUCUGAUGACAUCGAUUAUCAUUAUUUUAUCACAACGACCGCUCAUAUUGACAGCUUGCAAUUUCUCAGUCGUCUCAGUUGAAAUUUUCCAAAUGGUUAUCAACACAACAGUUUCAUAUUUUUUUCUAUUACAAACACUUGAGCCUGAGGCUUAAAUUCAGUAACAAACCAAAUUUUUUCAUAUUGCACUUAAGUAUACUUAAGCAUAUUUAAUGAUAUUUUUAAAUUUGGUAAUUAAUGAAAUGAUGAGAAUAAAAUAAUAAUAAAAGA